CCUUUCCAUAUAUUCCCUCUGCUUCCCAUACCACGCCCUCUGUUCUGCCCUGUCCACCCCUCCUUGUCGACUUCUUCCUCUGUGCCGGCUGAACUCUCUGCCCAGUACUGUCCGCCUGGUCCUAGUCCGCUGUCCGAUUGCAUCAAUUUGGUGAAAUCUACAUCAUAUUCUGCAAUUUACAUUUUCAAUAUUCUCAAAGACUCAAAUUGAAGAAGCACAAUUUUCAGGCAGCAGGCAACUUGUGGAGAAGUUUUUGUCAGGCACAUUGGCCGAUCCUUACUCUUGUCGGUUGGAGAAAACACUAGCAAUUUAAGAUUUUCAAUAAAAAAAAUCACCUUUUAAAAGGUUCUAGCACAAGCAAACAAAGGGAGAUAAAAAAAUCAAAGAUUCCAUUAGUUUGGUGAAAUCUACAUCAUAUUCUGCAAUCUACGUUUUCAAUAUUCUCAAAAACUCUCAAAUUGAAGAAGAAAAUUUUCAGGCAGCAGUGAUUGUACAAUGGACUUGGUAGCGCCAAUUAUUGAAAUUGUGAAGCUUGUUAGUGGUCCAAUUGUCAGAUAUUUGAAAGAUCAGAUAAACUUCAAUGAUUAUUUGCAGAACUUUAAAAAAUUGAAAGAGAAGCUGCAGCCCAAACAACGAGAUAUUAGCUUGGAAUUGCAUUCACAGCUUAUCUAUGGAAAAAAGGCAAAGGAGGAAGUCAAGCAAUGGCUAGACAAAGUGGAAGAAAUAACUGGACCUGUUGCCCAAGAUAUUGAAGAUAAAAUUGAGAAAGGCGGAUGUCUGUUACGUGCUUCGGGUUCCCUAGCAAAGCUUCUCAAAGAAAAGAUUAAAGAAAUGGAACAAUUAUGUGAAGAUGGAAGUAAGUUACCAGAGAGUUUGGUUGUAGAUGAUCCAUCAACUUCAACAACUGAACUACAAGCAUCAGAAUUACAAGGCAGUGGGGAUGUUAAAGCAGAAAUUUUGGCAUGCUUGAAGGGAGAAAAGGGAGAAGAGGUGACAAAGCUUGCGGUUUGGGGGAUGGGGGGAGUCGGGAAAACAACAAUCAUGAUGCAUGUCCACAAUGAACUGCUGAAAGAAGGUAACUUCAAUAAAAUAAUUUUGGUAACUGUGUCACAAAACUUUGAAGUCUACAAACUGCAAGAUCAAAUUGCGAGCAGCUUGGAGGAAAACCUAGAUCCGCGUCAAAAUGCAAUUAAUCGUGCAGCAAUGUUAUCAAAGAUGCUAGAAAAACACAAGCCUUUCUUGCUGAUUCUUGAUGAUGUGUGGGAGGGUUUUGAACUUAAUAAAGUUGGAAUUCCUGAGCCUAAUGUAACUAAUGGCUGCAAGUUAGUAUUAACUACGCGGUCACUAGAGGCUGUUCGUUCACUGGAUUGUAAAGAAAUCAAAGUGGACACUCUUCCACCAGAGGAAGCUUUAAAAUUGUUUCUAAAUAAAGUUGGAGAUGCUGUUUUAUCAGAUCAUGAAGGGGGCAUUAAAAAGGAUUUAGAAUCAACUUUGAAGGAGAUUGUGGAUGAAUGUGAUGGUCUUCCAUUGGCACUUAGUACAGUUGCUGGCAGCUUAAAAGGAAUAUCUGACUCACGGUUGUGGAGUGUUGCACUGAAUCAAUUGAGAGAUUGCAAAAGAAAUGUGGCAGGUCCAGAUAAUGCUGAUGCAUUUCAGAUAUUAAAGUUCAGUUAUGAUCGUUUGGAAGACAAACAGAUCAAAGAUUGUUUUUUAUAUUGUGCAUUGUAUCCUGAGGAUUACAUGAUUUUGAAGGAGGAAAUAAUUGAAUAUUGGAUUGAUGAGGGGUUUAUAGAUGAAAUGGACACUCGGCAAGCAAUGAAGGAUUGGGGUUAUUAUAUUUUGAAGAAGCUUGAAGAAUGUAGCUUGUUGGAAUUGAUUAAAGAAGAGAAAUUGAUUGAAGAUGAGGAAUUGAUGGAAGGUGAAGUUAGAGGAAAUCAUGUGAGCAUGCAUGAUCUUGUCAGGGACAUGGCCUUAGACAUUACAAGAAGGAGUCCUCGGUUCUUGGUAGAAGCUGGCAAGGCAUUGAAAGAGCUACCAGAGAGGGUAAAUUGUGCAGAAGGUCUUGAAAAGGUUUCAUUAAUGCAUAAUUAUAUUGAAGAAAUUCCAUCGAGCAUGGCAUCUUCUACAUGCACAAGGCUCACAACCUUGCUGUUGGCUAAUAACAAUUUGUCAACAAUUUCAGAAUCUAUCUUUGAGCAUAUGCCAGAGCUAAAAAUUCUUGAUCUGUCCUUCAAUUGGCAGCUAAGAAGGUUGCCAAAUUCAGUCUCCAAAUUGGUGAAGCUUACUACAUUGUUGUUGGAAGAAACAUCCCUAGAAAAGGUACCAUCUUUAUCAGGCCUUGUAUCCUUGAAAAAGUUAAACCUUAGGGGGACAAGAAUCAAAGAAGUCCCUGAAGGCCUGGGAAUGUUGAAGAAUUUGAUUUGCCUUUUUCUUAGUGGAACUAAAAUAGUUGAAAUAGCAGAUGGAGUAUUAUCAAAUCUCUCCAAACUUCAGGAGUUACUUGUAAAUAAAAGUGAAAUAAAAUUGAAGGGGGACGUGGUUGGGAGAUUGAAGAAGUUGGAAGUUUUUCAUGGUCGGUUCCCCACUGUGAAUGAAAUGAGAAUCUUCCUCAAAUGUCAGCCUAAUAGGCUGAGUGACUAUUUUAUUAAUGUUGGAAGAAGAGAAGAUUCGUUUGUGACUCAAAAUUUUGAAAAUAGGCUGCCGCGAGGAGCGGUAAGAACCGUAAGAUACAAGGAAGCAGGGGCAAGAUACAACGAAGUAUGGGCAAGAUACAAGGAAGCAGGGGCAAGAUACAACGAAGUAGGGGCAAGAUGCAAGGAAGCAGGGGCAAGAUACAACGAAGUAGGGGCAAGAUGCAAGGAAGCAGGGGCAAGAUACAACGAAGUAGGGGCAAGAUGCAAGGAAGUAGGGGCAAGAUACAACGAAGUAGGGGCAAGAUGCAAGGAAGUAGGGGCAAGAUACAACGAAGUAGGGGCAAGAUGCAAGGAAGUAGGGGUAAGAUACAACGAAGCAGGGGUAAUGUGCUGGGGAGUAGCGGCAGGGGCAACAAACAAGGGAGUAGAGGCAGAGGUAGUAAGAUACAAGAAAGUAGUGGUGUUCACAGAGACUAGUAUUGUUGGAGAGAAUAUGCUAUUUCCCUCCAUACAAACCUUAGUUGUUAAAGGUUGCCAUGACAUAAGAAGCUUAAAUGAUUUUUUUAAAAUCAACGAUGCAGAAGGUUUGAGGGAAUGUUGGAUUCGGGGAUGUGAUGGCAUGGAGUGCAUUUUUCCCUCGUGGAUAGACAACCCAGUCGUUCGAACCGUUGAGUAUCUGGAUCUUCAGAAUUUGCACAAAUUGGAUGGGCUAUUUGAAGCAAACAUCAUUGCAAAGUCAUCACCUCCACCUGGGACUUUUUCAUCUCUUAAAGUAGUUUGGAUUUGGGGAUGCAAAAAAUUAAAGAAGUUGUUUCCAUCUUGGAAGUUGGUGGAAUAUCUCCAAAAUCUAGAGGAGAUUUCUGUCCAAUAUUGUGAAGAAAUGGAAGAAGUAAUAGCAUCAGAUCCAGAAGAAGGAGGAGAAGAAGGAGGGGACAUCAUCAAGGAGCUCAUUCUUCCAAAAUUAAAAGAGUUGAUGUUGAAGCACUUGCCCGCACUGAAGAGCAUCUGUAGCAGGAGGGCAGUAAUGGUAUCUAAUUCUCUUGAAGAUAUUAAAAUUACUGAUUGCAAGGGGCUAAGGAGGAUUCCUUUUCGUCUCUUUCCUCAUCUAUCUCUUGAUGGGUUGGACAACUUGGAUUGGGUGUUUGAAGUAGAAUUGAUUGCCAUGUCACCACCUCAGCCUCGCACUUUUUCAUUUCUUAAAGAUGUUAAGAUUCGGAAAUGCAAAAAAUUAAAGAAGUUGUUUCCAUCUUGGAAGUUGGUGGAAUAUCUCCAAAAUCUAGAGGAGAUUGAUGUCGGAUAUUGUGAAGAAAUGGAAGAAAUAAUAGCAUCAGAUCCAGAAGAAGAAGGAGAAGGAGGGGACAUCAUCAAGGAGCUCAUUCUUCCAAAAUUAAAAUAUUUGUCAUUGUGCCACUUGCCUGCAUUGAAGAGCAUCUGUAGCAGGAGGGUAGUAAUGGUAUGUGAUUCUCUUGAAUAUAUUUCCAUUAGUGAUUACAAGGUGAGGAUUCCCUUUCAUCUCCCUCCUUCUCUAUCUCUUUCUGGGGUGGACAACUUGGAUUCGCUGUUUGAAGUAGAAUUGAUUGCCAUGUCACCACCUCAGCCUCGCACUUUUUCAUUUCUUAAAAAUGUUGGGAUUUGGGAAUGCAAAAAAUUAAAGAAGUUGUUUCCAUCUUGGAAGUUGGUGGAAUAUCUCCAAAAUCUAGAGGAGAUGGCUGUCGGAUAUUGUGAAGAAAUGGAAGAAAUAAUAGCAUCAGAUCCAGAAGAAGAAGGAGAAGAAGGAGGGGACAUCAUCAAGAAGCUCAUUCUUCCAAAAUUAAAAAAGCUGUCAUUGAACAAAUUGCCAGCAUUGAAGAGCAUCUGUAGCAGGAGGGCAGUAAUGGUAUGUGAUUCUCUUGGAUGUAUUCUCAUUAGUGAUUGCAAGGGCCUAAGGAGGAUGCCUCUUUCUCUUCCCCUGGUUGAUAACGCCCAACCAUCUUCUCCUCCUCCUACCCUCAAAGCAAUCAUCAUAAAGCGAGGAGAACUAGUAUGGUGGGAAUCGUUGGAGUGGGACCAUCCCAAUGCAAAGGAUGUCCUUCAACCAUUGUUGGAUUUUUUUCCUGAUUAUUCCGCGUUUCCAUAAUGAGAGUCGGAACAGUCGGAAUCGGUGGAUUAUCCACAAGAUUGAAAGGAAGCUGGUUUAUUCAGCCAGUCUGUUGCUUUCGGUUCUGGGCUUCAAAGGACGUCCUUUCUACUACCCUUGUGUGGAUUGUUUUAGUGUGAUUCUUGUGUUUUCAUACUCUCUGUAAAUUAAUUGUGUUGAAAAUUGAUUUAAAAUCCCAUAUGUAUUCUUAUGUAUUUUGCUGCAUUGUUAUAUAUCUUGGUUGUACCAUGUACAAACAUAAAUAUGUGUUUUCAAUCUAAUCUAUAUGAUGAAUUUGCUGGAGAGAAAGCAGGAAUUCCAACCCACAACAAUCAACUCACGAAUUCAUUGAUUCUCUUCUUCUUUGUUCUUUCUUCUUCUUAUUCUCCUGCUGUGUGAUUGCUUCUUGUUCAAAGUACAAGAUGGAAAGAUUUAGGGAAACAUCGGGAGCCAAGAAUGGCUUUUCAAUGACAUAUCAUAAGAUGAAGGAUGCAUUGAUACAGAUGCAGUUCUAGUUGUUGUCUUGUUUGGUGAUAGACCUCCAACAUUGUCAAAGAAAGAUGUUACAUUCACCCCUUUCUACUCCAUCCUUGAUCACUCUCAGCCUUAGGUGCAUAAUGAUAUGUUUCCCAAUGCAACAAUGGUUAUCUUGCACGUUUGCUAUAUCUAGUUUUGGAAAGUCCACUCAAUGCACGGGUUAGCCCUCAUUUUUUAAGACAAGUUGAACAAUAGGAAAUUCUCUUAAUGAUUGCAAUUGUUAGUUUCUACUUUCUAAAGCUGUUUUCCAUUUUUCUGUUUGCUACCAAAAUGGAAUGAAUCUCUCAGCUAUCUUAUAAUUUAUUUUGAGUUUGGUUUCAAAGUAGAUAGGGCUAAUGGGGAAAACAUAAAAAGAUGUUCUUCCUGCUCACAAGAUACAUGAUUGAUCUACUUCAGAUAUGACAUGGAUUAAAAGAAAGAUGAAAACAACACACUAAAUGAAGGUGAAGCUGAGAUUGAUUUUUCACAUACAAAGAGACUAGACUUAAAGUGGAGUCCAUUGUAACUAUUACAUUACCCUACAUGCUGCCCAGGUUGUCUAACUAAAGAUGUUGAGAAGCAAUGAGGACCGGCUAAAAAGGAUGUAAAGAUCUCAACCGUUGAUGGGUGUCCAAGGUCGAGACAAGGAAGCCACUAUGAUUUCACUGGUUUGAUCAAACUCUACCAAAGAGGUGGGGUUUUCAAGUGACUGCAGACGAAUGAAUGUGACUAUGACUCGAGCAAGAAGAUAGUGUUGCCUUGUCUGUGUUCCGAAACAAUAAGUGACAGAUGAUUCUUAAAGCAAUUCAUGGAGUACUUUGAGGAGCAUGGCUAGUAUCUGAGUAGCUCUGAAUACUAUAAUGAAUACGUAAAGAACUUGAAGGAAUAAGAUUCUUUGUCCCCAACUCAGGACAUUUCAAUUUAUUGCCUAAUUUGCUACAUCUAUAUUCAGGAGCCCAGGAAAAUGGGUAGUAGGAUGUUCUUAUAAAGAUUAAUUUCUAUUUGUUGUUAUUUAUCUAGAAAGCCAGCAGAAAAUAUGGUGCUAGGCAUCCCGAUCAUCCUUGUUUUAUUAUUUUUUGAACUUAGGUGAUGAUGUCUUUGUAGUGGCUUGAUGAGUUUUUACAAGCAAUGUGUUGUAUGGAUUGGAUUACCACUUUAUACUCUCUUUAAAUGAAGUUAUUUUUGCCUGAAUGAAUAUUUAUUUUGUUUUCUGACAAUUUGACAUUUUGAAAGUAGUUAAAAAAUUUUCAUUUGUGUUUUUAUGUUCCAUAAUUGUUAUCGUUUAUAUCACAGAGGUUGUGGUUUAUGUAUUUAGUAUUUUUUCUGUAGGUGCUCCGAGGGGAUAACAGCUCUCUUGCAAAUGACAUCCGGAAGGAAAUUAAGGUAAAAUUUUAUU